UCGAUGCUUUCAUCGAUUUUUCUCCAGCUCUACUCUGCACUUGAAAACGUGUUUUAUUUCAGAAAAUUGUUGUUGGAUAAACUUAAAUUAUAAUGCGAUUCUUUGCUGAGGACACAGCAAGGCCUAUAAGAAGCCUUUCAGUUCAAAAGAAAUAGCUUAAAAAGGAAAGAAAUAUUUCACUGGCUAUUUGUUUAAGAUUCCCACCAUGUCCUUAUACACGAGAAAAACAGGUGUGACAUCUAUUUUAAAGACGUUUUCUGGAGAGGAUCGCCAACGAGCCAAAGCAGUGGCUGCCAACAAAGUUCGGUUUUCUACUCCCAAGGAAAAGGGCCUCGCAGAAUCCGUGCGCGUGGCAGUCGAGGAAGGGAAUUUUCAUCUGGUGAAGGAGUUUACAUACUUUCUCCGUGAAGCAGAACUGACCGAUGACGAAGUUCUGGUCAUCAUAAAAGAUGCAAAACGAAUUGUUUACAAUUUGACUUCAGAUUUUGUUAACAUUGUCGAGGCUUUGUUGUCCCUUAAUUGGAAGAAACGAAGUUCUGAGAUAAUCGAAGCUUAUACUGAGUUUUGGAUUGAUAUAAUGGUGGCCCACAACAGAUAUUUACCGGUAGGAGUAUCUAAAUUGAUUAUUCACUGGAUUCCUGGUGACUUGGACGCAUCUGAAUGGGUUAAUGGAUGCCCAUCGGAAUGUACUCGCUCUGAAUUAGAACCCAUUCAUAACGUACUGAAUCGUGUAUUAACUGCCGUGCCGAUGGCUUUUGAUGUAGUAAUAGAUGUCAUAUCCACUAAAUUUCCAUAUUUCAAAAAGCCAGCCCAUGUAACAGCGGGCUAUCUGUAUAAUGUGCUCUGGCUAAUCGAGUACAAGCCAAUAUUUGAAGAACUAAUUUUGAAAUUGGUUCUGCAAAAACUUUUAGUAUUAGAUGUUAACGCUCCACGAGACCAAAUCGACGUAGAAACUGACGAUGGGAAUGACAAAACUGAAGCUGAGGAAAUGUUUCAUAUAUACAAUAUAAACGCCGACAAUUUGAUUAAUGCCAGACAGACGGUGAAAAAUCCUGUCGUAAAAGCCUUGGAUAUAUGUCUCUUAAUGCUGUAUAAGUUCUUGGAUGGCAAAUGUCGCAUUAACCAAAACAGCAGCGAACAAGAAAGCUGGACUGCUAAUCGGUUAUUUAAGAUAUUACUUUACUUAUUUGAUGAUGUUCUGUUACCCAGCCAUAACACCCAUCAUGUGCAAUUCGUCAUAUUCUAUGUGACUAGCAUUCGGUUUGCAUACUCGGAGGCUUUUCUUAAUUUGCUUUGGCAAAAAGUGAAAAAUCCCAAUGUGUCUGCAAUUAUUCGCCAUUCUGCGGUGGGGUAUAUAGCUAGCUUUUUAGCCCGCGCAAAGUUUUUGCCACUUAGCUCUGUAAUAUUCUAUUUAAAAGAGUUAACCAAGUGGGCUCAUACCUACAUAGACGAGUCGGAUGAAUAUAACCAGACUUCCUCAUUAAAGGCCAACUUGGUAUUCUACUCUGUAUGCCAAGCUGUGUUUUAUUUAAUUGCGUUUCGGGCCACAGAUUUGACUGCCAGUUCAAAAGAUUUGCUCUUUCUUCAGUCCCUUCAACUAUCCCGCCUUGCUAUGUGUCAAUUGAAUCCUCUGCGAUACUGUUUAUCCCCAGUUGCCACUGCCUUCGCUGGCGUAACAAGGACUUACCAGCUUGCGUAUUGUCAUACUGUUUUAGAACGCAACGCUAGGCGUAAGCUAGCCACAGUUUACGGUCAUGACAAAUCAAUGCCUGAGGAGACAGUCGAAACUUUUUUUCCUUUCGAUCCUUAUUUGCUAAAAAUAUCUAACCAGUAUAUUGAAGACAACUAUAUGGCUUACCAGAGUAAUGAAACAGAAGACAAUGUGGAUAGGACCGCCAAAAACCUCCUUUCUCGAAAACGUGGUGACUCAGAAUUGUGCGAAGAAGACGAUUUUAUUACAACGGAUAAACGCCAGAAGCAUUUGGAAAUGUCUAAAACCGAAGAGCUUGACAAACAAUUUCAUUGCGGGCCUUAACACCUAUUUUAAAAUGUCCAGCUUUUAUUAAUUAAAAAUACAUUUUCAUUUUACGUAUCAUUUCAACUGGGAAUUGUUUUUACCUGCGUCAUAAUUUAAAAAAACAUUU